AUGGGAAAUACUCCCGGUUUUCCGGAAGCCCCCUCCCCUUACCUUGGAGGUCGUCGAGUCUCUGAUAAAGCUCUUCCGAAAACCGAUAAUUUUGAAAUUCGAUGGCAACGGUUUGUGGAAUCACUAGAUGUUACUGAAGAAAAGAUGAAACUGAUUGAUUUGCUUCCUCUUCCGAGAAAAAUGGAAUUAGUUCUAAAUUAUGAAUUGAGUAUUGUGAAAAUUUCACCGGAGCAUUGUGUUGAGAGCAUUAAAUUAGCCAGAAUUUCCCAGAUUACCGCAUCGAAGCGCAAACAGGAUCAUGAUGAUUUCCGAAAGAUAUUUACAUCGGUUGAGGUUUCACUCAGAACAAAUAAAAUAGAAUGGGUUCUCAGUUUUUUAGAGAAUCAAGGUUUGGAAGCAAUUGUGGUAUUCAUGGGCGAGUCUUUGAAAUAUCUCUCCCGAACGGAUACCUUCCGUAGUACACAGAUACCCUCAAGCACUACUCGCCGAAAGGGUUCUGUCCCCACAAGUGAGGAGUUUGGAGCUACAUCACUAGCUCGUCGAGAGCCUACUAGUCCAGCUAAAUUAAAAGGCACUCGAGGACCUAACGAUAGACCUCCGCCAACUCCUAAUUUCUCCCUUAGUCGAAAUAAAUCCGCAUCGCCCACCCUCAAAAGUCAGAAUAUUCCACUUUCUACGUCCCUCACAUUAGAAACUCUUAAAGACUGUAUUCAUUUGUGCUUGAAGUGUUUUAAAACUCUUCUUAAUAAUCAAGACGGAUGUGCAAAAGCAUUUGAAAAUCCUGAAGUUAUUGAGAUUAUUACGUUUUGCAUCCUUCAUCCAAAUUUUGCGACUAAAGCGCUAGCUCUGGAUCUGCUUUCAGCAAUAUGUCUUAUUGGUGGUGGUCAUCCGAGAGUUUUGAAGGCUUUCGAUUAUUUCCGACGAACGAUCGGUGAAAAUGCCUGCUUUGAAACUAUUAUAAAUGAUUUCAGAAUUCAUGAUGAACUCCCGUUAGAGCAAUAUAAUCUGGAAUAUUCUGUUGCUUGCAUUCAAUUCAUCAAUAUUGUUGUUCAUUCACCGGAAAAUAUCAAUCUUCGUGUAUAUCUGCAAUACACGUUCACUCUUUUGGGAUUGGAUGAUUUUUUAAGAGUUCUGCAAUCUCGGCCAGGAGACAAGUUGAAUCGACACGUGGAGGCCUAUGUGAACAACAUGGUCAACUGCUCUCUUUUGUUGGAUGAUGCCGAGGCCAAAGAAGCGGCGGUCGAGGAGAUUGCUCGUCUUAAGGCUGCUCUCGAGGCGUCAGAUAGCACGGCUAAGCAGCAGGCCGCUUCCUUUAAACAAAGAGAUCUUGCCUUGUCUGAACUUGUUGAGUCCCUAAGAGGCAAAAUUCGUGACAUCAAUGUAGCAGCAGGUCAGCAAGAGGCCGCGACAAAGCGUAUAGCAGAACUCGAACAAUCUCUUGCAGCCGCUCACAGACAAAUCCAGCGCUUACAGGAGGCUGCUGCUGCCACCAGUACGGAGAUAGAGACUAAUAGUUUAGGUCAGCUCCGGCCCGCUCCAAAUCCCCGUCAAAAGAAAUCUCCAGGUCAGUGCAAUAUGACCACUUCAACCACCCUCCCUAUGGGCUUUGAGUUCACCGAGCAGAGUACGGCAAUUGGUAAACUUAAUACGCCAGUUGUCGAUCAUGAAAGAUCUUCGGCAUCUCCUAUGGCAGAUCCAAGGAGAAAAUCAAUGUCUCUUGAGCUACUAUCGACAACUAAUCGAUCGGUGACGAGAAGUGAUACUCCUCUCUCGUCUACUUCACCGCUCUCUACGGCUUCAAGGCCUUCUUCUGGCUCGGAAGUGAACUAUGAUACAUUCUCUAGGAAGUCGGGAUCUAUUGCUGAGAAAUCCCAUAGAGGAAUUAUCUCGUGUACUCUUAUCUCGAAAGUCUCGGAUAUGGCUCUGGCUCGUCACACCUUUGCCAACAUAACCACUACUCUUAACAUCCUUGUCUCCCGUCUGGCUGCUGCAUCCUGUCCUACAUCACCUUAUUCCACUCCCGCAGUACCCCUUCCUCAUUGGCACUCCACAUCAGCAACCUCGCACGAACAACAUCGAAAUGAUCUCGGCUGUGGUAGUCUUCUUGGCUCAGCUCGACGUUGUCAUCAACUUGCUUCUGUUCUGCCUGACCCCUGGGCCUCGUGCUUUGUCUCUGCACAUCGUGCCUUUAGACUCUGUUCUUCUGGUACUGAAGAAGAGAAUGAGGAGGCUACAAUGGAAAAUGGUACUGUUAGUGUGGUUGGCGAGCAAGCUGGGGAGAAUGGAGGCAAUGGUACCUCUAGACUCCUCAAGUGGUUGGUGAACUCUCGUCUUGUGACAGAUGACGCUCUAUCAUUGGAACCCCCUGCCCAAACCUCCUCUAAAAUGGAAACCGAAGCAGAGGAAGAACGUGAAGCUGCUGCGGUUCUCCCCUUGGUCACUGCUCUUCUCUCUGUCAGUCUGAAUCCUUUCACGGCUUCUCGAAUUCUCUCCCUCCUUGAGGUUGCUGGCAGCUUUGCUGCCGGUAAUGCUGUAAAUAAUGAUAGCGAAAACAGCGAAUGGAGCGAACUUCCACGUUUGUUUGAUGCUGUUGAGGCUCAUUUACGAGUUCGCUUAGCAGAAAGGGAUCUAAAAAAUAGCCCCGUUUAUCAAGUAAACGAAUAUUCGUCUCCCGACUGGCCUUUGAUGCAAGCUCUUCUGCAGAUCAAUCUUCUGCCAUUUGCUCUUAUGGCUAAUCUGCAGCUUAUUAUCGAGCAACUCUCGAUGCUAUCUGCCUGCUGCAACUCGAUUGUUAUUAGCACCAAACUACCUACAGUCCUCCGUAUCACCGAAGCAUUAGCCUCCACCCUUUUGGGCAAACCUGAUUUUCUUUUCUUGGAAGUCGCUGAUCUCUCUUCGCUAGUAGAUUGGUGCCUUUUGAUGCGCCGAAAGUCCAGUGAUUGUGUUCUUGAUGUUACCACAACAGAAAACGUGAGUUGUGACACUCCAAACCUCAGCUCAACUUGUCACCUAUCUGAUGGCGCUCUCAGUGCGACCACAGCCUCUAAUGCUACUCAUCGUCGAAAACCUUUCAUGGAAGCCCUAUACAAGGCUGUAGAACUUGCAGCUCCGGAAGCGCUCGAUUGGACUCAUGAUAUUGUCCACCUGGAUGCUGCUUCUAGGAUUUUGCCAUCAGACUUGCGGGAUCGUCUGCGUGAGCUGGAGUAUGGUCUCUCUCUGCGUGAUGCCAUUUUCCCCGCCCCAGAAAUACCUGGUCACUUGCAAUAUCUCGUUCCAGACGCCUGGGCUAAGGUUAAUGAAGUGAAAGCUACUCUAACAGAAGUGGAAGUAUUGUUGGGUGCUGCGGCCUAUUGCGUCCACUCUGCUACCGCUGUGUUCAACUCUGCCGACUCGUCUAUGUUCUCUGAUCGCGAUUUCGCCGUGGAGAUGGGCUCCUUGGCUAGAUUCUACUCUUCUUUCAAGAAAUGGUCUGCUGAUUCAGGGAGAAAGGCUAGGAAUAACAUAUCAAAGGCUUCCUCCUGCAAAGCCUACUCUUCUUCUGCUGCUCCUAGUUCCGGACAUCGCCGAGACAAUGGUGCCUUCCAUCGACAACGCUCUCGAGAAUCUGCGCCCCGUUCCUCUACCCGUAACAACGGCCAUGAUAAACACGACGGUGAACGAAAACGUCACAAUUCGCGUCAUCUCAACACAGUCGGCAUUAUGGACAAUAUUCUUGCAGGACUGGACUCAGAACCUCUUUACGCAGACGUGCAUAAGACGAAGGUGCAACUCGGCACUUCUCCAUCAGUUCCUCUAGCAACAAUUGAUGAUGCCUCUGGUGAUAAUGCUGCCACUGAGACCUCGUAA